AUGGAGGCGUGUCCAAGCGGUGGGCCGUGCUCCUCUGCCUCGGGAGCUUCUGCCUCGGCCUGCUCUUCACCAACAGGAAUGUGGACACUGCCUGAGGCAACUGAGGUUCCAUUACCGAAUCAAAGCGUUGAGGAAGGCAAAGCUCUAGUUGCUGCAGAUUGUGGUUCAAAAAAGGUUCAAGAACUGCAAAAAUACAAAGAUGUGUUACCAGACCAAGAUACUCAUCAUGAUGUACAGACACUAGAUAAGACAAUAGCGACCUUAGAGACAGAACUCUCGGCUGCUAGAACCCUGCAAGAGUCAUUGCUCAACGGUUCCCCUGUUUCAGAAGACUUCAAAGUUUCUGAGUCGAUUGGGAGGAGAAAGUACCGUAUGGUGAUUGGCAUCAAUACCGCUUUUAGCAGUCGCAAGAGAAGAGAUUCCAUACGUUACACCUGGAUGCCUCGAGGUGAGAAAAGGAAACAACUUGAAGAACAGAAGGGGGUCAUAAUUCGGUUUGUCAUCGGUCACAGUGCUAUAGCAGGCGGAAUUAUUGAUAGAGCAAUUGAAGCAGAGGACAGGAAACAUGGGGAUUUCAUGAAGAUAGAUCAUGUCGAAGGAUACCUUGCCCUAUCUGGCAAAACUAAGACAUACUUUGCUACAGCUGUUUCAUUAUGGGAUGCAGAUUUUUAUGUGAAAGUUGAUGACGACGUGCAUGUGAACAUAGCAACGCUUGGACAGAUAUUGUCCAAACAGGCAUGGAAGCCAAGAGUAUAUAUGGGCUGCAUGAAAUCUGGCCCUGUCCUAUCUGAAAAGGGUGUGAGAUACUAUGAGCCUGAGCAUUGGAAGUUCGGCGAACCAGGAAAUAAGUAUUUCCGACAUGCUACCGGUCAAUUAUACGCCAUUUCAAAAGAUCUAGCAACCUACAUAUCAAUAAACAAGCACGUCCUACACAAGUAUAUAAACGAGGACGUUUCGCUAGGAUCUUGGUUCCUCGGGUUAGAUGUCGAGCACAUCGAUGACCGGAGACUCUGUUGCGGUACUCCACCUGACUGCGAAUGGAAAGCUCAGGCAGGGAACACCUGCGCGGCGUCAUUCGACUGGAAGUGCAGCGGCAUAUGCAACUCGGAAGGCAGGAUCUGGGAGGUGCACAAUAAGUGCGCCGAGGGCGAUAAGGCGCUGUGGAAUUCCACUUUCUAG